AGAAUGUGUCAUCGUCUUGAAGAUAUAAUGAAGUUAUGCUGUGAGUUAUCAGCUGAUAAGCAGAUCCAGACCACAGUGAAAGGUUCCGGCAAGGGAGCAGCGACAGCUGGGGGCCUGGCCUUUGCCGGAGGCUUGGUAGGAGGUCCUCUUGGUAUUGCAGUUGGGGGUGCUGUCGGAGGCCUUCUUGGCUGUUGGCUGACCAGCGGUCAGUUCAAACCUCUUCCACAAGUCAUCAUGGAGCUCAGUCCUCAGCAGCAGCAGCAACUAUAUGCAGACCUGGUCGCCAUCCUUGGGGACAUCCAGUGGAGUGAUGUGGCACAGUUAACGGCACUUGUUAUGAGCAACAGUAGUCUCAAGCAGCAACUCACAGCAGCCCUUUUGGGCUACGUCUCCAAAGAGCUCCACGCAAAUGUGCACUAUGUGGAUUAG